UUGUCUUUACUUCUCUGAUUCUUUAAGGUCUUUACCCAAGCCUGGAGGAGCUAGGAGAGUACAUGGGACUCAAACUCACUAGUGAUGAGGUGCAGAAGAACUUGGCUCUUAUCCCAGCUGCCGAUAAUCAAGUUGCAGUGCCAUCAGAAAUCGGGGGCAUGGUACGCCCAGUGACGGGCAAUGAUGUGGGCAUCAGGAGAGCUGAAAUUCGCCCAGGCCUGAGGGAGGUCAUCCUCUGCAAAGACCAGGAUAGAAAGGUUGGCCUGCGGCUGAAAGAAAUUGACAAUGGUGUGUUCAUUCAAUUAGUGCAGGCGAAUUCACCUGCAUCUCUGGCUGGACUGCGUUUUGGAGACCAGGUGCUGCAGAUCAACGGCCAGAACUGUGCUGGCUGGAGCACAGACAAAGCGCACAAGGCGCUGAAGGCAGCAGCCGAACAGCGCAUUGAGCUCGUGGUCCGUGAUAGGCCCUUCCAGCGCACAAUCACCAUGCAUAAGGACAGCACUGGCCAUGUUGGUUUUAUAUUUAAGUCUGGCCGUAUCAAUUCUCUGGUGAAGGAUGGUUCUGCUGCCCGCAAUGGACUUCUCACUGAUCAUUACAUUUGUGAGAUCAAUGGCCAGAAUGUCAUUGGACUCAAGGAUCCUCAGAUUAAAGAUAUCCUGAACACAUCUCCCACCGCUAUGACCAUCACUAUCAUGCCUAAGGUUAUCUACGAGCAUAUGAUUAAGAGGAUGUCAAGUGGCCUGCUGAGGUCUUCAAUGGAUCAUUCGGUGCCUGAGGUUUAAUUCUUUCAAAACCCCUAGCAGAACAUCUGCAAUCUCCAUCAGGCCCUUCUAGCACAUGGCUGGUCUGUGUUAGAAUUAAUCCUUUCUUCAAUCAUUUUCAUGUAUAACAUCAGAAAUUUGUCUUUUUCUACUUUAGCUGUUCUUGUAUAUCUAUUUUUUUCUAUCUUCCUUGUUACAGUUGCAUUGUCUAAUUGUAUUUUAUAUGUAACAAUAAUAAUCCCUGAGUAUUAAUGACUUUGAGAUUCAUCUUUUAUCUUUUUUUUUUUUUUUUUUUUUAUACUUGCACCUUUCGAUUAGUUUGUAGGCAAUGAAAAAUAAGGACUAGGUUUGUACUUGGGCUUCCGAAGACAAAUAAGGAUUGCGGGCAUUGAUUUCCAAAAUAUGAAAAGUCACCCACUAUGCACAGGUUUAAUCAGUCCCCCUGGUUGAGAAAUUCAAAUUCACACCUAUGUGCCAAGAAGGACUUUCACUGCCACACUGUAAACAAGGUUCAUUUGAUAAGUCUUUGUUUUAAGAAAUAUAUAUUCAUUUUAGUUGUCUUUUUGAAAUGUAUAAAUCAUUGAUUACACUUUCUGCAGUUCUGUAAAUUCUAUGACAAUGUAUUCAAAUAUAGCCUCAACAUACUUGUAAUAAAAGUAUAUAAAUGAU